UCUUGGGGAUACUCUUCGGGAUACUCUUCGGGAUACUCUUCGGGAUAAGCCUGCUUACUAUGAGAGUCGCAUCAACAGGUCCCUAGUAUAAUUUCUGGGAGGCCACGGCACGGGAUUUCCUCACGUAUUACUCCCACGCACUUUUGCCGCAAUUCCCGUCAAACUUCAAGGGGUGCAUAUUUAACACCCAAUAUAUAUAUUAUAGGGUGCUAUUUCUUUGCCGCGAACAUGCCUCCAAUGCACUCUCUUACCCGGGCCUCGAACCUGCUCCGGGUUGCCCCUCGGCCAUUCACACAACCUGCCCGGAUCUCGCGCCUCAAACGCAAUUAUGCCGAUAUACUGCCAAAGCCCCCGAGGCCCGAAGACAAAAAGCGGACCGGUGUCCUGUUUCCCAAGACCCGCAUAGCAGUCGGCGUGGUUUUCUGCGGCCUCCUCAUCUAUUCCAUGGUCACCGACGAGCCCACCAAGCUACAGACAGCGUCAAUUGCGGACCGCGACAACCUCACGAAGCGUGAGUCUGGCGUGACUGCUGACUCGCCUAUGCGCCUUCGCAUGGAAGCGUUCAUUAAAGAGCAACAGAAGGAAAUCGUGCGGGUGCUACAGGAAAUCGACGGCAAGAAGUUCCAAAUCGAUACGUGGGAGCGCGAGCAUGGGGGAGGAGGCAUCUCCUGUGUGCUGCAGGAGGGAAACGUCUUUGAGAAGGCCGGGGUCAAUAUCUCCGUCGUCUACGGCAGUCUGCCGAAACAGGCUAUCAUAAAGAUGCGGGCGGAUCACAAGAAAAUCGACACUUCUGUUGACUCUCUGCCCUUCUUUGCGGCUGGCUUGAGCAUGGUGCUGCACCCGAAGAACCCGAUGGCUCCGACUGUGCAUCUCAACUACCGGUACUUUGAGACUGAGAACCCAGAUGGGAGUGUGGGAACCUGGUGGUUCGGCGGCGGCACGGACUUGACGCCGUCAUACCUGUUUGACGAGGACGCGAUCCACUUCCACAGGACCGUGAAGGAUGCCUGCGACAAGCAUUCCAAGGACUACUACCCACGAUUCAAGGAGUGGUGCGAUAAGUACUUCUCGGUCAAGCACCGCAACGAAACCCGCGGCGUAGGCGGAAUCUUCUUCGACGACCUCGACGACUCGGAGAACGACCAGGAGAACUGCUUCGCGUUUAUCCAGACGUGCUUGAAGGCCUUCUUGCCUUCUUAUUUGCCCAUUAUCAACAAGCGGAAGGAUAUGCCGUACACGGAACAGGAGAAGAACUGGCAGCAGAUCCGCAGGGGGAGGUAUGUGGAGUUCAACCUCGUACAUGAUCGCGGAACUGCGUUCGGUUUGAAUACGCCUGGUGCGCGAGUGGAGAGCAUCUUGAUGAGCUUGCCGCUCACUGCGAGCUGGAAAUACAUGCAUAGCCCAGAAAAGGGGAGUAGGGAGGCAAAGCUAGAGGAGGUCCUGAAAUCACCCAGAGAAUGGGUAUGAGGGUUAACAUGGACGACGGUAAGAUUAUGAGCUGUACUACUAUGGGCUACAAAAAAGUGAAAAGAUAUAUAGUGUUGGAUUAUCACAUGUAAAUAUAUUAGUGGAUGUUGGGACAACCAAACAUGCAGAAAGAAUAAUUAUAUCUCGCA